GGGGACUGCUGAGUGUGGAGCAGUGGUGUGGAGUGGCCGCCUCACUGCAGGUGUGUGUGUGUGUGUGUGCGCGCGCUGCAGUGCUGGGGCCAUCCGCAGUCUGUGUGUAGCUACUGAGCGAAGAGCAGGGCUGCUUUUUACAGUGCUCUCUCAAAACAGGCCUGGCCAAAUAAAGCAAUGGGAGUUCGGACAGAGACGGCCUCCUCUGCUCUAUAAAUACUCUCUCUGCCUGACAGUUCGGCUUUGGUUGUUGUAGAUCGGGACGGGUGACUAUAGCCGGAGGCAUUAGGAGGUUAGCUUUGUCCUUCAGAAAUCUCGCCAUGCCCCGGGUGGAUGCUGACCUGAAACUGGACUUUAAAGAUGUCCUUGUAAGACCUAAAAGGAGUAGCUUGAAGAGCCGAUCUGAGGUGGACCUACAGAGAACCUUCACAUUCCGUAACUCCAAGCAGACCUACAAUGGAAUCCCAGUGAUCGCUGCCAACAUGGACACCACUGGAACCUUUGAGAUGGCACAAGUCUUGAGUAAACACAUGUUGUUCACUGCUAUUCAUAAACACUACUCUUUGGAGGACUGGAAGAAAUUUGCAGCCACAUCUCCAGAUUGCUUAGAGCAUGUGGCCGCCAGCUCAGGCAGUGGCCAGGCAGAUUUGGAGAAGCUGUGCAGCAUUUUGGAGGCCAUCCCAGGCAUAAAGUAUAUCUGUCUUGAUGUCGCUAAUGGAUAUUCAGAGCAUUUUGUGGAAUUUGUGAAGACUGUCAGGAGCAAGUUUCCUAAUCACACCAUCAUGGCUGGCAAUGUAGUGACAGGAGAGAUGGUGGAGGAGCUCAUUCUCUCUGGAGCUGACAUUAUUAAAGUGGGCAUUGGACCAGGUUCGGUCUGCACUACCAGAAUCAAGACGGGCGUGGGGUAUCCCCAGCUCAGUGCUGUCAUAGAGUGUGCUGACUCGGCUCAUGGGCUGAAGGGACACAUCAUCUCUGAUGGAGGCUGCAGCUGUCCAGGUGAUGUUGCCAAAGCUUUUGGGGCAGGGGCCGACUUCGUGAUGCUGGGGGGAAUGCUGGCUGGUCACGACCAGUGUGCGGGCGAGAUCACGGAGAAGAACGGCAAGAAAGUCAAGCUCUUCUACGGGAUGAGCUCCGACACGGCUAUGAAGAAAUACGUCGGGGGGGUGGCUGAGUACAGGGCUUCAGAAGGCCGGACCGUGGAGGUUCCCUACAGGGGCGAUGUGGAGAACACCAUCCUCGAUGUUCUGGGGGGGCUGCGUUCCACUUGCACCUAUGUGGGGGCCGCCAAACUGAAGGAGCUGAGCCGCCGGACCACCUUCAUCAGGGUCACUCAGCAGUCCAGUAACAUGUUCACCUAGCGGUGGACACGGAUCCAGAGAGCCGGUGUGCUGUGCAUCCCCAACCAUUACCUGGCCUUGCCAGAGCUCAGCAACCGUCUCUCAGAGCCGAUUUAGAGCUUUGAUCACCCAGAGCGCUGACAGAAUGGCCCCGGAAGCGCUGCCCUCAUGCUAACCUGUUGAAUUUUCGGUGUGGUCUUCAUUGCUGGAUCCAGCCGGGGUCUCUCUUUACACUCGGCCUCAGCUGUGGGGGGUGCGAAUGCGAGGUUGUUUCCUAUUUCUAGCCGUCAUGGUGCGGAAAGGAAAUAUGUUAUUCUUCAGGUUCCCCCCCACUCCCCACAACCUCCUUCAGUGGCGUCGAAGCAAAGUGUUUUAGUUGAGGUCCUUUGUGAUAGUACGGAAGGGCAGUACAUCUCAUUUCUCUCCCUUUAAACCAUUUCUCGCAUGGCAAAGCUAAUUCAAAGGAUGACGUGACAUAUUGUGAAAAGGCACAGUAAAUCUGGCAGAAGGCAUGGUGGGGCCCAGCAAGAUAUUAAAUUUAUUACCUCAGCAUGGAGAAAGCAUGGUAACCUGCAUACAUAGCCUGGGAAACGGUUUCUUUCACAGGAGAAUAAUUAUCAAGGUGGUGAUUUACUGUACCUUAAGAGAACAGAUGAGCCAGGCUCUGACUUCGUAGGCAACAAGAACACUACAGAAUGAUCAAGGCCAUUUCUUAUUUGAGCCAGAUAGAAUAAAGUGCUACAAAGUAGCACACUUUCUGUGGAAGUAAUUUUGAAGAAAAGGUUCGGACUUGAUUACAAGCGGCGGUAAGACAAGAUAGCACGCCGUGCAUUAUUGUAGUGUACAAGGACAGACUGAGAAAACUUUACAUGAUAUAAAAACCCAUAUUUUGAAAUCGACAAAUAAAGGUGGCCAGAGAACCCAUGGAAAAUGAAAGGCUGCAUGUCUGUGGGGGAGAGGGGCUUCCUUGAGCUGUAAAAAGACAGAUUUAACCAGAGGCCCAGCUCUAUGGUUGGGAGCAUGAGAGCGGUGAAUGAAAUACUACCCUCCUGCUAUUGAUCUCUUCUGAGCGUGGUGUGGGGUGGGUAUUAUAAACUGUAUAAAUACACACCGUAACUUGAAUGUAAAGACCUUGUAGCAAAAGUUCAAAUCAAUAAACAAAUAUUCCAGUGUAA